CCAACAUACAUACACACUUUACACACUCUUCAUCUUCUCCUUCCCUUUCGUUGUCUUCUUCUUCUUCUUCUCCUCGAUCGUUUCGAUUUUGCCUCCAUAAUGUUGUUUCCGUAGCCGAAGAUCAACGAAGCAGAAGCGAAAAAUCCUACUUUCCCAAGCAAAAAAUAAUUAAAAAAAUGGCGGCGGCUGAUUUUCCCUCGCGGUUUUCUGUUCUCGCUUUCGUCUUCACCUUCGCUCUUCUCUCUGGCUUUUCUCUCGCCAGCGAUCCUUUCGUCUCUUACGUUUUCAAAGUAUCUUACGUCACUGCUUCUCCUCUCGGCGUUCCUCAACAGGUUAUAGCCGUCAAUGGAAAUUUUCCAGGCCCUUUGAUUAAUGCUACCACAAACUACAAUGUCAAAGUUAACGUCUUCAAUCAUUUGGAUGAGCCUCUCCUACUCACUUGGCCUGGCGUUGAGAUGCGGCGUAACUCGUGGCAAGAUGGUGUUCUUGGCACAAAUUGUCCGAUUCCUCCGAGAUGGAACUUCACUUAUAACUUUCAGUUGAAAGAUCAGAUUGGAAGUUUCUACUACUUCCCCUCACUUAACUUCCAGAGAGCUUCUGGUGGAUUUGGUCCGUUCAUAGUCAAUAACCGGGAACUUAUUCCUAUCCCGUUCCCUAAGCCGGAUGGCGAAAUCAGCUUUAUGAUUGGUGAUUGGUAUACUCAGAACCAUACAGCAUUAAGGAGUAUACUUGACUCUGGUAAAGAACUUGGGAUGCCUGAUGGAGUCCUCAUCAAUGGGAAGGGUCCUUAUAAGUACAAUAGCAGUGUACCUGAUGGAAUUGAAUAUGAAACCGUUAAUGUUGAACCAGGGAAAACAUACAGGAUCCGUGUUCACAAUGUUGGUAUCUCGACAAGCUUGAACUUCAGGAUUCAGAACCACAAACUGCUCUUAGUUGAAACUGAGGGUCGCUACACUUCCCAAACAAACUUCACCGAUUUCGACAUUCAUGUGGGACAAUCUUACUCUUUCUUGGUCACCAUGGACCAAAACGCCUCAAGUGACUACUACAUUGUGGCGAGUGCUAGAUUUGUGAAUGAAACAGUGUGGCAAAGAGUCACAGGUGUUGGCAUUCUCCAUUAUUCCAACUCCAAAGGACGUGCUUCUGGUCCUCUGCCCGUUCCAUCAACUGAUGUUUCUCACCCUUGGUCUGUAAUGAACCAACAGAGGGCCAUAAAGCAAAACACAUCUGCUAGUGGAGCUCGUCCAAAUCCGCAGGGAUCAUAUCACUACGGACAGAUAAAUAUCACUAAAACAUACAUCUUUAGGAGUAUGCCUCCAACCAAAAUCAACGGGUCGCUUCGUGCUACGCUUAAUGGGAUUUCAUUUCUGAAUCCAAGCACUCCCAUAAGGCUUGCGGAUAACUAUGAAGUGAAAGGAGCCUAUAAGCUGGAUUUUCCAGAUAGACCUCAUGACAAUAGACCUCCCCGUUUGGACAGGUCUAUCAUCAACGCAACAUACAAGGACUUCAUUCAAGUUAUCUUCCAGAACAACGACACCAAAGUCCAUAGCUUCCAUAUUGAUGGAUAUUCGUUUUACGUCGUUGCGAUGGACUUUGGUAACUGGACUGAAGACAGGAAAGGUUCAUAUAACAACUGGGAUGCAAUAUCACGAAGCACGAUCGAGGUUUACCCAGGGGCAUGGACUGCUGUGCUUAUGUCCCUCGAUAAUGUCGGAGUCUGGAACAUCCGAGUUGAGAAUCUUGACAGAUGGUAUCUUGGCCAAGAAACAUACAUGCGAAUCGUAAACCCCGAGGAAAACGGCAAGACAGAGAUGGAUAAGCCUAAAAAUGCUCUUUACUGUGGUGCUCUCCAAGGCUUGCAGAUAGCACAGCACCAUAGCUCUGCAUCAAAGAUACUAAAUGGACAACUGGAUCUAAUUUUCAGCUUAAUGAUGGUUUUGCUCGCCAUUGUUUCAGCCUUUUGCUGACUCUUUUGCAGCAUUCUCUAAUCUUCUCUUCCCAUUGGUUAGGUUGUAUGAAAAAAUGUUGGGCUCUUUUCUUUUUCUUCUUUGAUUUCAUUGAUUAUUUCUUAUGUACUCAGAUUCACCUUCUCAUGGUGAGAGGGUUUGUGUCUAAAACGCAUCUAUCUUCAUAGUUAUAGGUCAUUUGGGAUUCUAAACUCUUCUCUACUGUAACUAAAACCUCUCUCUUUUAUGGGUCUUCUACAUAGGUAAAACUUCAUUCUCAU